CAAGACAAGUGUCUAGAAUCUCGUAAGUUAGAAAAAUAUCAUGUACCUCCUCCCCUUAACCACUAAAGCUCAACACACACAGCCAUAUGAAAAUCCUGCACCUAAGCCAUUCCAAUUUGAAUUUGUGAUGCCAUGAGAUGACUCAGUCAAUGUCCCAUACCCAACAAUCUCCAAAGACCCUCGAAUCUCGCCACUCCAUUGAUUCCUGCCUCUUCCAGCUCCGUACAUGGAAGCCCUUCACCAACAAGCGCCCUUGUCUCUCCGAUCGCAAAACCCCUUCCGUUUCGAUCGACCUUUCCAAGCUUUCUCUUCUCGACGAUGAUUCCACCACUAAACCCUUCAAAUCGUCUUCCGCCGCCACCACCAACUUCCGCCUUAUAGCCCGCAAGCGCCGCCGCCGAGGAUCCCGCUCUGUUUCUGGCCGGAGUAGUGACCGCAGUGGCACGCGCCGAUGCUGCUCCGUUGGGGCCUCGGCGGCUCAUGGGACUUGCUCUGAUUUUCCGGUGGCGAUGGGGACGGACUCCAGCGGGGAGCUCUUUGGGAACGUUGGAGAUGGGAGUUGGGCCUCCGAUGUGAGUGAGGCGAGGAGGGAGAGGGAUAGAGAGGGUGGUGGCGGUGGAGGUGGAGGUGGUGGUAAUGGUGGCUGCAGUGGGGAGAAGGAAAGUGGUGUUGGGUUUGGUGGGGUGGGUGGGUGUUCUGAUGGGAAUGGGAAUGAGUCCGGGUAUGGUAGUGAACCUGGGUAUCGUGGUGAUGCUGAGUUUGGUUAUGGGGAUGAGUUUGAUGAGGAAGAAGAUGAUCCCAGAUUCAGAUUGUUGUUCUGGGGUGAGCAAAUUCGAGCUGUAGAUUCCAAAAUGGAGAUGGUUGGAGAGAACUCCUUGUUAGACCAAAAAUCCCAUCAUAGAUGCCGACGCCGGAAGCAUGAUUGUAGAAUGGUUGAUGCAUUGAGGUGACGAUUGCAGAAACCUGAUCAUGUACACAACAAAAUACAUUACUUCCUUACAACCAAGGAACUGGCUUCUUUUUCGCGUGAAUAUUUCCAUGAUAGUGGUUUUUACAGCAUCCCUUGUGAUGGAUGCUUCACACCCUCAAUGUCCAAAGAAUUUCAACAAGUAGAGACAUAAGAGGUGGGGGAUUCAUGCUGUGCUGUAGAUUUUGUUCAAGUUUUGAAGAUAUAUGCUAAUUAAUGUUUUUCUGAUGAGGAAAAGUACUAUGUUGUCCAAAUAUAUACGAGGAGAGACAUGAAAAUAUUAAUCAUUUGAUAGCAAACCUUUGUUGUUAGGAGUUACUUACAUCUUGUUCAAUUAUGGUUGAUAUUAACAUAAUUUUGUCAUCUCCAUAAAUGUUUUCACGUAAAUUUUGUUCUCUUUUUUGUCUC